AUGAAAUUUGAUAACGGGAAGCAAAGAUUUUUCAUAAAAGUGCUGCUGGUGUUGCUGUUGCUGCUUGUACUGCUGACUUGUAAUGCGGGCAAGGAGCAUUCCAUGAAUUGCACCACAGAAGUUGAUCCUCUUCCUAUAUCUCAUGAGUUUUCUCAGCCUGGUGACUUUGUCAUUGGGGGGAUUGUGUCUCAGGUCUACUUAGUGCACGAGACUCCUUCUUUUGAGAAGCAACCCUCGCAGAUGCUGAUUAAUGAACCUUUAUCAGAGCCAAAGAACUACCAGCACAUCCUGGCCUUGGCCUUUGCAAUAAAAGAGAUUAAUGAGAACCCCCUUUUCUUGCCAAACAUUACUUGGGGGUUCCACAUCCUCAACAGUUACUAUAAUGCAAGGAUGACCAAUAAAGCCAUCCUGAGUUUGCUUUCCACACAACAGCGCUUUGUCCCCAACUACAAGUGUGCUGUUUUGAAAAAUCCAGCAGCUGUUAUCGGAGGACUUGAUUCUGAAACAUCAGUCAAUAUGGCCACCAUUAUAGCCAACUACAAGAUGCCACAGCUCACGUAUGGGUCAUUUUCCCCAACCCAGAAUGAUGGAACUCCUUUCUCUUCCUUGUACCAGAUGGUCCCAAAGGAAGCUUAUCAGUACAUGGGAGUUAUCCGUUUACUGCAGCAUUUCAAUUGGGAAUGGAUUGGGCUCUUAGCUGUGGAUGAUGACCGGGGAGACAGGUUUUUGCAGAGUGUGGCACCUCUAUUGUCCGAAAAUGGCAUCUGCUUUGCUUUCUCUCUGAGAUUACCAAAACUCACUUAUCUGAACGAUUUGACAGACUCAGUUCUAAGACAGGCAGAAAUGUUUUUGACCGUUUUUGAGGACAAAGCCAGGGUAUGCUUUAUUUAUGCAGAACAUCCAGCCCAAUUUGUUUCAAGACUGUUGCUGUUUCUAGCACCCUUGGUUCCAUUUCCACCGUUGCAUAAAGUAUGGAUUGUUACAUCUCAGUGGGAUUUUGAAUCAAUAUCCUUUCAAAGGAUAUGGGAUAUCGAAAGCUUCCAUGGGACCAUCUCCUUUGCAGUUCACUCCAAGCAGCCACCACGAUUCCAACAUUUUCUUCAAGCCAUUAACCCUUCCUGGGCAAAAGGAGAUGGUUUUAUCCAGAACUUCUGGGAGCAGGCAUUCAGCUGUUCGUUGAAAGUUUCUGACAUUCUGGGUGAUAGCGAGAAUGCUUGCACAGGUGAAGAGAAGCUGGAGACUCUUCCCGGGAUUUUGUUUGAGAUGAACAUGACUGGCCACAGCUACAAUGUCUACAAUGCUGUCUAUGCUGUGGCACAUGCUUUGCAUAUGAUAUACCAAUCCAGAUCCAACAACAGACGGUGGUUAGAUGGAGAGAAAACUGUGGUUCAGAAUAUCCAGCCAUGGCAGGUGGUGCCUCUUUCUGCUUGCAAUGAAAAGUGCCAUCCUGGGUAUAGCAGACAAAAGAAGGAGGGAGAGAAAUUUUGCUGUUAUGACUGUGUUCCUUGUCCAGAAGGGAUGAUCUCAGAAAAGAAGGAUGCAGAUAUCUGUGUUCAAUGCCCUCGAGGUCAUUAUCCCAACCAUCAUCAAAAUAAAUGUGUUCCCAAAACUAUAAGCUUCCUUUCUUACAAAGAAGCAUUAGGUAUCCUCCUAGCCACCUUAGCGAUUUCCUUUUCUUUGGUCACAGCAUUGGUGCUUGGGACAUUUGUGAAGUACCGGAACACUCCCAUAGUUAAAGCCAAUAACCGAGGCAUCACCUAUAUUCUUCUAAUCUCCCUUUUUCAUUGCUUCCUGUCUUCUUUGCUUUUUAUUGGGCGGCCUGGAAAAGUGACCUGCCUUCUCCGACAUACAACAUUUGUCAUCGUAUUCUCGGUAGCCAUUUCUAGUGUGUUGGCCAAAACCAUGAUUGUAGUUUUGGCCUUCAUGUCUUCCAAACCAGGAUCUAGGAUGAGAUCACUGGUGGGGAGAAAAGUGGCUUAUUCUGUUGCCCUUUCCUGCUCCCUUGUUCAAGUAUGUAUUUGCAUUCUUUGGCUAAGUACUUCCCCGCCAUUCCCAGAUAUGGACACGUUCUCAAUGAAUGAGAAAAUCAUACUGGAAUGUAAUGAGGGUUCAGCAGUUAUGUUUUACUGUGUCUUGGGCUACAUGGGCUUCCUAGCUAUAGUCAGCUUCAUUGUGGCUUUCCUAGCCAGGAAGUUACCAGACAGUUUCAACGAAGCCAAAUUUAUCACUUUCAGCAUGUUGGUCUUUUGUAGUGUUUGGCUAUCUUUUAUUCCAACUUAUCUGAGCACCAAGGGGAAAUCCAUGGUGGCCGUCGAGAUCUUCUCCAUCUUAGUCUCUGGUGCUGGUUUACUGGCUUGCAUAUUUUCCCCAAAAUGUUACAUCCUUGUUCUGAGGCCUGAGCUGAACAACAGAGGACUCUUAAUAAACAGGAAAAAAUAA